GUCACCCCCACCAGCCUGGAUCUAGCAGCCUGCCAGGGGGGCACCGAGUGGGCAAAGUGAACUACCCGCCUCCUCCUCCUCCUCCUCCUCCUCCGCCGUGCCACUACAUGUGCCUGGCUCCGGCUCCCGAUGAGCUCCUGAUCCGUGGGAACCGGCCGAGCACCGAGGACCGUCUCUGCACCCGGAGCUGACUGCUGCGAUCAAGAUGGAGAGCGAGAAGAAGAGGAGAAAAUACUCGACGAGCAGCAAUGACUCUGACACCACAGACAGUCAGGUGACCUCGUGGUCCAGGUCAUCCAAGAAUAUGGGCACCAGCAGCACAUGGGUUCGCCACCAGCACAAGAAACCAUCAGAGGUGUUUCGAACAGACUUCAUCACGGCCAUGAAGCUGCCGGACUCGGCCCAGCUCGGCCUGGAUGACUUCUACGUGCUCUCAGACCCCUGGAGACAAGAGUGGGAGAAGGGAGUACAGGUCCCUGCCAACCUGGAGGCUAUACCCGAGCCUGUGGUCAGGUCGCCGCGGGAGUCGACAAGUGGCGACGGACCGGACGGGGACGGAGACACGCCCACUCCAGCUCAGCACUACAGCUGCUACGACCUGGACGAUCUGGACGUCGCCUGGCUGGAGCUGGUCAACCAAGAGUUCAGACAGAUGGCCUUACCCGAGCUGGACGAGCUGACGAUGGAGUGUGUGCUGGUGGAGCUGGAGAGCGCGUGCGCGGAGAAGAUGCAGCAGGCCAUCGAGACGGAGGAAGGCCUCGGCAUCGAGUACGACGAGGACGUGGUGUGCGACGUCUGCCGCUCGCCGGAGGGAGAGGACGGCAACGAGAUGGUCUUCUGCGACAAGUGCAACGUCUGCGUGCAUCAGGCAUGUUAUGGCAUCCUUAAGGUACCCCAGGGGAACUGGCUGUGUCGGACCUGCGCUCUGGGUGUCCAGCCCAAAUGUCUGCUCUGCCCCAAGAGAGGGGGGGCCCUCAAGCCCACCCGCAGUGGAACCAAGUGGGUCCACGUCAGCUGUGCCUUAUGGAUCCCUGAGGUGAGUAUAGGCUGUCCAGAGAAGAUGGAGCCCAUUACCAAGGUGUCCCACAUCCCUGCUAGCCGCUGGGCCCUGUCCUGCAGCCUGUGCCGAGAACACACAGGAACCUGCAUACAGUGCUCCAUGCCCUCCUGCAUUGUGGCCUUCCAUGUGACGUGCGCCUUCGACCAUGGCCUGGAGAUGAGGACCAUCCUGGCCGAGAACGACGAGGUACGCUUCAAGUCCUUCUGCCUGGAGCACAGCUGCACUGCCAGCAACAGCGGUGCACCGACAAGCAUCUGCUCCACUUCAACCAGCGUGAACAACGGCAACCACCACACCACCAUUUCCUCCACCAACGGAACACACGGCACAGCCAGAACAGACUGGGCCACCGCCGGCGUCGGAACCGAGCUCCGACCGGAACCGCAUCACCAACCAAACGCGUGCAGUGACCUGGAGCAGAGGUCAAUGUUGUUCCCGGUUUCGGUUUCUGUGUCGGCGGCGGAGCGAGCGGAGCGCGAACAGCUGGAGAGAGAGAAAGUGAGCCAGAGGAAACAGAAGCUGCAGGAGCUGGAGGAUGAGUUCUACCGACUGGUGGACCCCCGGGAGGUGGCUGAGAACCUGGGAAUGCCCGUCGCCCAGGUGGACUUCCUGUAUCAGUUCUGGAAGUUGAAGAGGAAGGCCAACUUUAAUCGACCUCUGGUGACCUUAAAGAGGGACGAGGUGGACAACCUGGCCCAGCAGGAGCAGGAUGUCCUCUACAGACGCCUCAAACUCUUCACCCACCUCCGACAAGACCUGGAGAGGGUGCGUAACCUGUGUUACAUGGUGACACGGAGGGAGAAAAUGAAACACACCCUGUGCGACCUCCAGGAGAAAAUCUUCCACCUGCAGAUACAGCUACUGGAAGAGGACAUGGCUGGAGAGAAAGCCCAGAAGGGAGAAAAGAGGAAGCAGAAUGGAGUGAAGGAGAAAGGGAAGGAGAGGAGGAAGAGUAGUCCUGAGACGAAAAAGGAGAGAUGGAAGUCAGAAAACGGCACACUGCUAAAAGAGCUAGGUUUGUCAAAGUCCUUCCCCCUGGACAACUCUUUGUUCGACAGCUGGCUCGCCCAGUCGGUUCAGAUCACCGCUGACGACAUGCUGAGCCAGUGGGCACUGGGAGCCCAGCACGGGGACAAGAGUGGCAGCCUGCUCUCCGACCAGCUCCUGCAGGGCGAGGAGAGCUUGUUAAACCUUAUGAUGGAGAACUCCAUGCAGUCCACCUGGAAAACCCCCCAGCUGGGCCGCAGACGGGGAAGCACCAAACCCCGUGGGCGUGGCCAACCCGCCGCCCCCGAGCAGACGCAGACGCUCCUCUCGACGGCGGCCAUCUCCACCGCCAGCAGCCCCUCCACUGCAAAAAGCCCCCGGGCGAGCGUGGCUGAGGAAAAUCCCAGCCUAGUGAUCCGGAGAGGGGAGAGGUCCAGGGCUUCCUCCAAGGGCCUGCACCAUCACCACCUUCAUCACCACCACCACACCAGGAGCUCUGACCUGCAGGGGGACCCGACACCACAGCCACCCAUCUCCAAAAUGGAUUCCUGUCACAUCUCGGAGGACCCCGGCCCCUGGAACAGCUUCGCCGAGGGGACUGAUGUCUCAUCAGGAGCUGGAGCUGUUUUCCCGUCGGGUUCGUCUCCACUUCCAGCCUCCAGUCCCGGGCUCACGGUUCCUGACACAGGGGCCGUCCUUUGCAGCCGGGCUCCACGGCUCCGUCUGGCCCGCCACGGGAGAUCAAGAGGGAGGGGCAUGAACGGACGUGGAGGCCUAGGGGCCCUGGAGUCCAUGGAACUGCCGCUCAGGGACACGUCCCUGCUGGAUGCCACCGAGACUGACGGGUACUUCUCUGACGGCGAGCAGAGCGACUCGGACACGCGCUCUGCCGGACGCAAACUCCGCUUGCCACAGUUGCAUUCUGGGAACGAGGACCUGUUGAGAAGGAGCGUGCUGGCAUCUUAAAGAACCAAGACUUAAAUCAACACACACUCACAAACACACAGUUACCCAAGCAGAGUCCCGCCGGCUAAUUGUUUCUCCAUCUGUGCCCAGUGAUGGCUUCGUUCAUCCAAAUCCCGGUCACAUCUACCAAUCAGAAAAUCUAUUCAGCUCACCUGCUUUGUUAUUUUGGGGGGUUGGGAAAUUUGAAUGUAGCUGUUUGCCUGUCGUACAUUAGAGCUUCUCCGCUGGACCGUAGUUCGUUGUUCUAUAACGCGACAUAUUCAACAAAUAGGAAACAAACAUUACAUUUAGUCGUUUUGUUUCUGGGUGUUGAAGUACCCCGUUCUGGCCUCAUGUCUGUGGUUUCUGUCAGAACAAACACUUUGGGGCAUUAUUGAUAAUUACUGUUAUUAUUAUUCAAGCUGGUUUCAGGGUCUCCAUCUUGUUUGGUCUUUUGUGACCUGAGAAGCAUCCAACAAGUCCUUGUUUUCUUGAAUAUAUUCAGUGGAAAGACAAUUUCACACCAGACUUGUUCUGAAUGUGUGUGUGUGUGGCGGUGACACCAGACAACACGUAUCCAACCUUGAAAAGCACAACUAGCUUGUCAUCAGAGCUGUAUUUUAAGCACUCGUGUGGGUAAUGGAUGCUCCUUCAGGGUCGAGGUCAAUUCUCAUCACGUCAGCUCCCUUUUAAAAAGUACUCUUAGAAGACUUCCCUCAAAAUUGUCUGAUUUUCCAGGAUUUGGAUAUUAAACCGAUAUGGACCUCAUCCCUGGGUCUCAUUCAGAUCGCCACACGGAGACGCAAACCCACAGACGCACACACACUGACACACAAACUACUUAAAGCCAAUCCCUUUGCUCACAUCACAGAAAAUAUUGGCUCUGACUUCUGUCGGCUGCUUUCAAAUUCUUCCUGGUUCUGAGUUCUUUUUUUUUAAUUUUCUUUUUU